GCUAAGCUUAUUUUUUCUGCGCCACUUGAUGCACUUGACGCACUCCUAGAUCUAUGUCGUGAAUUUACGAAUAUGGAUACAUUGCGAUAUCUUAUAGUUUUAGGUUUGGUUAUCAUCCAAGCGUUUCAAACAUAUUCUCAAUGUUUACGUGGAUGUAGCUGUGUAUCAGACAGACAAGAAAGGUCACUGACGUGUAUGGAAGGUACGUUCCAGCUCAUACCAGAAAAUAUACCUGAAGAUAUUACAAAAAUUCGUAUAGAGAAAUCGUACUUUACUGAGAUCCCUCGCGGUGCAUUCUUAUCACUCACAGCUCUGGAAAGUCUGUGGCUCAAUUUCAAUGACAUCACUGUUAUGAAUGUUAAUUUUUUGGAGGGCAUGGGAAAUCUAACGGAACUUCGACUUCAAGGCAACAAACUCAGAUCAGUACCAUGGACAGCGUUUAAGGCUACUAGAGCGCUGAAAAUUUUAGACCUCAAGCACAACUUUCUCGACGUACUGCCGGAACACGCUUUCAAAUUUUUGUCAAGUCUCACUUUCUUGGACUUAUCUUUCAAUAAGCUUACGAUAAUUUCCAGGGAUGUUUUUAUAAACUGGCCUCUUUAUCAGAGCGUACAGAGAAAUGGCGGGCAGGAAUUAGGAUUCACACCUAAUAUAGUCUUGGCACUUCAUGAUAACACCUGGCUUUGUGACUGUCGUCUUAAAGGAUUCGUAGAGUUUAUCAGGUCUCUCAGCCCACCCAUUAUCCUGAUGAACUCUUACUUGAAAUGCGCAGGGCCUGAUCUUAAGGCAGGUCAAUUCUUCCAUGAAUUAGAACUGAUAACGUGCAUGAAGCCUGUCGUCACCGGCCUAACAACCAACAUUUCAAUGCACGUUGAAGGGAACAUAACGCUCCACUGCUUAGCCAAGGCCAGGCCCCAUCCCGCAGUGUGGUGGACAUAUGGUCUCAAGUUGAUAAGAGGAUUUCAUGAGUCACAAGAGAGGGUUAACGAGGACACUAUUAGCGCUCAUCUGGAGAUCCCCUCCCUCCAUCUGGCUGACCGUGGUAUCUAUACCUGCAUUGCUAACAACUUCAUCGGCAACUCCUCCGUCAGCAUUUUCCUGGAUGUCCGCCCUCCUGAUGGCUCCCUGCCAGCUCGCUCGGCCCUGUCCCCCAUGCCUGCUGCCUCCUCCGAGGAGAACGUUUACAUUGAAAUCCGCAUCGCCAGACAGACGGUCUACGGCAUCACCAUUGAGUGGUACGCAGUCUUGGAGCGCCCAGCGGAAACCUGGUUCACCGUCCACUUUGGCCAAACAGACUCUGCCAAAAAGGAAUUGAUCUACAUUGGCCCAGGUAUCAAUUCUUACACUGUUUCAGAUUUAAUGCCCGCCACGAAGUAUGACAUCUGUGUCACCUUGAAGAACAAGGCUCCCCUUGUCGGCCAGUGCAUCCUGUUCAUGACUGGGAGUGGCAUCAGUGAACUGGAGCAGCGGGAGAAGCUUAUCCAUAUUGUUGUGAUAGUCUUUGCUAUGGUUCUGGCUGUGCCAGCGGGUAUGUAUGCCUGUACCACUGACACUAAAUUCAACUGCCUGGAACGGGUCUUGGACUUCUGUAAAAACAAGCGGUGGGAGAGUGCAAGUCCAAGAAAGGCAGGGGAGAGACAAGACACCUUUGAUAGCCUGCAGGCUGCCAGUGAUGAGGGCCUGAUAAAGGAUUUCCAUGAGGAGAAGAUUGUCCGCAGGAGGUCUGAUGACCAAUUACAGAAGAGCAAAUCAAAUAACAUUAAACACACUGAAGUAUAUUAAGAUACCACUGUUGUACUUGAAUGGCAAACAACUGGAUUUCUGGUAACUUAUGCCAAGAUUUUAGAACCUGUCCAACUUGUCACUGGUCCACUUGAAUAGUUAAAGCAAUAUAUAUAUUACAAUAUAUAUAUACUGUAUAUAUAACAAUAUAUUCUUGGCUGUGUUCUUUUUUCCUGUCCAAGUAUGUUUUGUCUCCAGACUUUCAAAAGUGAAUAUGUAAUGUUAUAACAUAUCAAGAGGGGAUAUUGGUAGGCUGGGAGACACCCCUCUUAUAUGCUAAAGCCUUCAGUUGCUGAGUGCAGUCUUUGCUUGAUGUUUCUCACACCUCAUUGUGUACACAACUUCCUGUUACAUUGGUAGUCAUAUAUGUUAAUAAGGUCAAGAUGUGGUCUGAUUGAUUGUUCUUAAAGUUGAUGGUUUGGUUGGGUAUAAAAAGGAAUGUGGACCAUGGCUUCUUCUUCUCCUUUGGCUUCUUCUCCUCUAGCUUCUACUUCUCCUUGCAUGCCUUUCCUCCUCCUUGAUCUCUUCUAUUUAUUUCUCUCUUUGAUUUAUUAGAAUGAUAGGAGAGUAGGUAAGAUUUAAAACAUGUUGAUUCAAAUAAUUUAACUUUAUGUAAUAACCAUUACUCUAAUUAAACCCAUAUUGUACAUUAACUGCAAUUCCAGCAUAUUUGGUUGAUAUCAAUACACUGUAAAAGUAAAAUAAUAGAUUUUUGUGUGCACAUGCAAUAAACAUUAUUCAUUAAUGUA